CAAAAACAAUACCUCAUCAACGCCAUCACCGAAGCCUCGCUCACCACAAGCGUCGGGCACAACACCUCCUACACGUCCGCAGCAACUUCUCAGGCGCGUACGCUCCUUUUCAUUACCAGGUGGCAGGCCUUUCUUUCUCCCAGGUCUACCGCACAAGCUCCUCUCCCUUCCUCUGACCUCUGACCUCCACCACGUCAUUGUUUACACAAUGUCCGACGACGAGUACAUCCCCCCGAGCGACCAUUCAGGCGACGAGGCUCCGGGCCCAUCAAUGGUGGCGGCGCGCAUUCGCCCACUGCCCCGUACGACAUUCCGCUCUGUCGAGUACCCGGGGCCCAUGCAGCGUGCGGACCAAAUCAUGCGCCACAUCAACCAGGAGGACAUUGACGACACAUUCAAUGCGCCGAUGAGCGAUAUGCGCCAGCUCGAGCUGCGCUACCGUCCCGAGAAUCGCGCGGCUGUCCCUGUACGCGGAAACCGCGUCGCAAGCCAGAAGGUACUCGUUAAGAUCACGAAGCGGCGGCGCAAAGGCAAGGUGGACCAAGGCGUAUUCACCGCCGACGUGAUGGGUAACAUCCCUCAGACGGUGCGAUUCCGUUCGAUGGCCGACUAUCAGUACACGCCUGCGGCAGACUCGAGCGUGCAGGAGUUGUGUCAGGCCCUCGUCGACCUAGACUACGACUAUAUCCUGGACUACAAAGUACCUUCCUUACACGAGGAGUACUACGAGCCCAAUCCCCUCAAUCCAGAUGGUACGCCGCCCGCUGUCCCGUACCGCUCUUUGAUGGAGCUGCAGCCCACACCGCUCGCGAGCGCGCGCCAGUUGCCCCAUAAUUUCAACUAUCGCAUGAGCGCCAACACGGUCGAGGAGGAGAUCUGGGACGAUGACGCGCAGGAGACGAAGAAGCGCUAUGUGAACCGCUCACGCGCGCAGGGCUGGUCUGUCCCGGCCGUGGGACAUGGUCAUCCCGUCCCCACCGAGCCGGAGCAGAGCGUGCGCGAGCGCAUGGACCGCCUGGACAAGCGCAUCAUGACGCGGCUGCGCGAGCUGUUUGAGGCGCGGCCCAUCUGGCUGCGGUAUGCGCUGCUGACCAACUUUGACGAGAAGGACCGAUAUGAGAUUUUGACAAAUAAGCUGUACCUCCCAGCAGUCGCGUUCACGUAUGGUGCCGGCCCAUACUGGAAGACUCUUGUUCGAUACGGGUAUGAUGCGACGACAAAGCCCGAGGCCCACAAGUACCAGCGCGUCUACGUAUACUUGGAUGUAAAGCGUGGGCGUAACACCAUCCUCAACUCGGCAGUGGAUCCCGAGGACGAAGACGAGAGCAAGCGGCCCAGCUUUUGGUGGGAGCACGAGCAGGAUGCGCGUAUAGCGCAAGGCCUACGCCCCCCACUUGAUAAUGCCAAAAUUCACAUCUUUGACGGGCAGGUGCUCCACCGCAACAAACCCGACUAUCAGCUCAUCGACAUCACUGACCCCUUCAUCGCCAAGUACAUCUACGACCCAACGUGCAUGAUGGACGUGUGCGACCACCACACGGGGUGGUAUAGACCUGUUUCAUUCGAGCUGAUCAAGGCGCUCCUGCGCAGCCGCUUCGCCGACUUACGUGACACACACGAGCCACCGACCGACGACAGCUGCAACUUCAUUUUGGAGAGCUACGACCGCGCAAUAGAGGAGAGCUCUGCUGCGGGUACGGGGGACAAGGAGGCUGCCGAGGCGUUCAUGCGUCGCGUCGUGGCGCAUCGCCGCCUGCCGCGCGAGGAGCGGCCAUGAGCGGAGCCGCAGGCUGUAGACGUGCGUUGAAUGUGGAGAUGGAUCGGGGCUGUUGGUAUAGAGUGCAGACGGG